AUGGUGUUUUCAGGCCGAAUCGUCAUGAGUUUUUUGUUGCCUAAACUAAACAGGAAAAAGGAAGUGGACGAGGCGAUCAAGAGCGUAGCCGAGAAAGUCCUGGUGCUUCGCUUUGGCAGAGAUGACGACCUUGUCUGCUUGCAACUGGAUAAUAUUCUUGCAAAAACAGCUCAUAGCUUGAGUAAAAUGGCUACAGUUUACUUGGUAGAUGUAUGCAAGGUGCCAGUAUACACCCAGUACUUUGACAUUAGUUAUAUUCCAUCAACAGUUUUCUUUUUCAAUGGGCAGCAUAUGAAAGUGGAUUAUGGUUCUCCUGAUCAUACUAAAUUCAUUGGAAGUUUCAAAACAAAACAAGACUUCAUAGAUCUGAUUGAAGUGAUUUACCGUGGAGCAAUGCGUGGAAAACUCAUUGUCCGAAGUCCAAUUGAUCCUAAGAAUAUUCCAAAAUAUGACCUCCUCUACCAGGACAUUUAAUGCCUAUACGGAGAUGAACGAAACUUGGAACCUCAGAAGACUGCAUAGCCCAAGCCUUCUAAUUUGCAACAUUCAAGAUCAGAAGAAUUUAGAUUUCUUAUCCUCAGAAUCAUAUUGGUCACUACUCGAAGUUGGAUAUUUUGUCAAGAGUUUACACAGAUAGCUCUUUGCACUAAGGCUACAAGAUUUACUCCUAGUCUGCUAAAGUAAACCUAUUAUAACAUAGUUCUAAAUAAAUACUUCCAGGCUA